GAGAUGGAGAGCAACUGGAGACAGAGGAGUAGCAGAGAGCUGGUGACGCGUGGUUGGCAGAGACAUGAGGGUGGUACAGGGAACCUGGGCAGUUUGCACCAGCGAGUGAAUUAAAAGCACAUCACUCCCUGGUGAACCGCCAUGAGCUCCUCCCGGUUAAACAACAGAGCCGAGAGCCACUUUCGAGCCCAGGAGGAGCACGAGCUAGAGACCCUGGGGAAGAAAGCAUGGGACAAUCCAGUUUACAAUGGCUCCCCCUCUGCCUCUCUGAAGAUCCGAGCCAUCUACAACCCCAAGGCCAUUCUGGAGAACCCAUACGAGAACAUUGAGAAGCUGGGGGACUCCCUUCCCUACCAAGAAGAGAGGAAAAAGGCAGAGGAUGUAAAGAAGAAACCCCUGCCCAGGUGCUGCUUCUAUGUCUUCAAAGGCAUCCGAGGCCUCUGGGGGACAACUCUGACUGAGAAUACUGCUGAAGACCGAGAGCUGUAUGUAAAGACCACGCUGCGAGAGCUGCUGGUUUAUGUCAUCUUCUUGGUGGAUAUCUGCCUACUGACUUAUGGAAUGACCAGUACAAAUGCCUAUUACUACACCAAAGUGAUGUCCAACCUCUUCCUGCAUACCCCUUCAGACAGCGGGGUCUCCUUCCAGUCCAUAGGUAGCAUGGCUGAGUUCUGGGGGUAUGCCCAAGGCCCAUUGCUGGAUAGCUUGUACUGGACCAAAUGGUACAACAAUGAGUCACUAGCUCACAGCACCCAGUCCUACAUCUACUAUGAGAAUCUGCUGCUCGGUGUCCCACGUCUGCGCCAGCUGAAGGUGAAGAACAACUCGUGCGUGGUGCAUGACAACUUUAAGGAGGACAUUUCGGGCUGCUAUGAUGUGUACUCUGAUGACAAGGAGGAAAGAGUCCCCUUCGGGCUCAUCAAUGGAACCGCGUGGAGGUACCAUUCUGAGGAAGAACUGGGCGGCUCAUCCCACUGGGGUCGACUAACCAGCUAUAGUGGGGGAGGAUAUUACAUAGACCUCAAGCUGACCCGGGAGGAGAGUGCGGAAGCCCUGCAGGUCCUGAAGGAGAAGCUGUGGCUGGACCGGGGCACCCGGGUGGUCUUCAUUGACUUCUCAGUGUAUAACGCAAACAUCAACCUGUUCUGUGUGCUGAGGUUAGUAGUUGAAUUUCCAGCCACCGGUGGUGCAAUCCCCUCCUGGCAAAUCCGCACGGUGAAGCUCAUCCGAUACGUUAGCACCUGGGACUUCUUCAUUGUGGCCUGCGAGAUCAUCUUCUGUGUCUUCAUCUUCUACUACGUGGUGGAGGAGAUUCUGGAGCUGCGCAUCCACAGGCUCCAGUACUUCACCAGUGUCUGGAACAUCCUGGAUGUGGUGGUCAUACUGCUGUCCAUCGUUGCCAUUGUGUUCCACAUCUUUCGCACCAUCGAGGUGAACAGGCUGAUGGGAGAGCUGCUGAGGCACCCUGACAUCUAUGCAGACUUUGAGUUCCUGGCUUUCUGGCAGACCCAGUACAACAACAUGAACGCAGUCAAUCUGUUCUUCGCCUGGAUCAAGAUAUUCAAGUACAUUAGCUUUAACAAAACAAUGACCCAGCUUUCCUCCACGCUGGCUCGCUGUGCCAAGGACAUCCUGGGUUUUGCCAUCAUGUUCUUCAUUGUGUUCUUUGCCUACGCCCAGCUGGGCUACCUUCUCUUUGGGACACAAGUGGAAAACUUUAGCACCUUUAUUAAAUGCAUUUUCACCCAGUUUCGGAUCAUACUUGGCGACUUUGACUACAAUGCCAUUGACAACGCCAACAGGGUGCUGGGGCCCAUUUACUUCGUCACCUAUGUCUUCUUCGUUUUCUUUGUGCUGCUGAACAUGUUCCUGGCCAUCAUCAACGACACCUACUCAGAAGUCAAGGAGGAGCUUUCAAACCAGAAGAACGAGCUGCAGCUCUCAGACAUCCUGAAGCAGGGCUAUCACAAGACGCUGAUGAGGCUGAAGUUGAAGAAAGAGCGGAUUUCAGACGUUCAGAAGGCUCUCCAGAAUGGGACAAAGGAGCUAGAGUUUGAGGAUUUUAAGAACAGUUUGAAAGAGCUGGGUCAUGCUGAGCAUGAGAUCACAGCGGCCUUUUCCAGAUUUGACAAAGAUGGUAACCAGAUCCUUGAUGAAGAGGAACAGAAGCGAAUGAGGCAUGACCUAGAGGAGAAAAGGGUUGCUUUGAAUGCAGAGAUUGAAAACUUGGGGAAAUCCUACGGUGAUAACAACCUGGAUGAGAAUUUGACCCUUGUGGAUGCAAAGAACAAUCACAUCAAUAAGUCCACCUGGGUGUCUGAGGAAGAAUUCCAAAUGUGGGUCACUGCUGGUGCUAGCCCAGCGUCUGAAAGCAAAGGGCUUGGUUUCCUGCUGCCCUGCCCCCUCAUGGAGCCACAUCCACCUGUGCCUCACGGCCUUCUGCGACGGGUCCUGCAGCUGGAGCACUCCAUUGGCAGCAUUGUGUCCAAGAUCGAUUCAGUGGUGAGCAAGCUGGAGAUGCUGGAGAGAAACAAACUGCAGAGGAAAGACCUGGUGGGCAAGCUGCUCGACAACAUCAGCAAGGAGGAACAGCCCAGCCAGGAAGAACUGCUCCAGCGGAACCUAGACCCGCUGGUGAAGGAAAACCAAGAAGGCUGGGAGACAAAGCACAUGCUGGGAAGCAACCUCAAUGGGAGCUCUCCCCAAAAUGGUAAUAGUAUCUACCCGAACCUGCCCAAGUCGGGGUUACCAGGCUCUCAGGUGCCCAAGAACACCUGGCCUCCGUCUAAUGUGCACUUCUGACACCCAUCAGAAUGCUCCCAUCCCACCUUGGAUCGCAGGGUACUAAGUCAGUCUCAGCUGAUUCCCCGUUGUUAGACUAGCCACUAAGAAGACAGACUGUACCAAAGAUGUCUGUCUCAGCUGAUGCAGUGCAGAAUCAUGGAUGUUAUUGUUUUUUAUUUGCCAAGUUGUGUAACACCAUAGAUCUAGAACUCCAGGUUCAAACACCUCUGGGCUUCAAGGAAGUGUUCAGACCUGGAUCCAGACUGUGCUGCUGGCUCCUAUAUCUCUAAAUGGGUUGAACUUGUCCUGUCCCCCACCCCCCAUCUCCCCGAGAUCUCCCCCCCCCCCCACAGAGUCCAUUACAGGUUACAGUCGUGGGGGGCCGGUAAACAAGGUGGGAUAUAUGUGUCUACUUAAGUUGCAAAGAGAAACAUGCUAAUUAACCUCAGGCCCGCCAACAGCAAUUGCAGGCCCCAUGGCAGAACAGUCAUUGGGCCCCCUAGAAAGGUCCACCUGACAUUUGGGCGGUGAUGUGCCUGCACUGGCUCUUGCCCAGCGAGCUGCUGGGUGCACUCUUCUGGCACGGCCAGGGCUUCGACAUGUCCACCUGGCUGCCUUCGCUGCCACCGGGACCACCCCACACAUGCCUAGGAGCCUUGUGGCCUGCCUGGCCAAUUUAAAAGGGCCCAGGGCUCCUGGUCCCCACUACCGCAGUAGUGGCAGUGGUCAGGGGCCUCAGCGCCCUUUUAAAUCGCCCAGGGCCCUGGACAGUUGCCCCCUUUGCUCCCCCACACCGCCCCCAUCAGUGGGCCUGGUUAACCUUGUUCAUCGCUUCUACUUUUCCUCUGUCCCAGUCCCUCUGCACCUCAUGGCGAUAACCAUGCCUUCACCCCCUCACUCAGUAAGCACAGAGUUGAGCUGAGAGGAGUCUGGCUGAAGUAAGGAGGCGCUCUGAGGCAUAGGUGGGCAUUGGCUCCGUUGCUGAAGGCAGCGUUGAAAGUGGGCAUGGGGGGAGGAUUGCAGGGGUUGCAGACAGUCGAGCAGGGUCACUGCGGGGCACCUUUAAGCAAUUUCUUACCAAAGCUGCUGUUCCCAAAAUCUGACAGCUCCCCCACCCCCCGCCCUUUUUUCAGACCACUUUAAGCACUGACUGAAGGAGACCUAUGGCUGGGCCAUUAGCAUGGUUUCCAGCUCACCUGUUAACCCUAGAAUUCCCACCAUUCCCCAAAACUGCAGAUUGUGAAGUUUCACGGCACCAGCCAUCUAGCUGUGAAAUGACGACAUUUCCCCUGGGUUUUGCCAUGGGAACAAUUUUGCUUGAAGUUGGGCUGAGAAUGGCCAUCCAGUGGAAGUGUGGUGACGACAGGACCAUUGACAGCAUCUCAGUGCAGUGUAAAAAUGCUCCUAUUCUGAGCAUUUUACACCUGACUUGAGACUAUUUUACACCCCCGUGGAGCUGAUGCCACCAACUAUUGACGCUGGGCCAGAUUCUCAGCUGGUGUGAAGUGGCAGUGAACUCAGUGGGGUAUGCUCAUUUACACCAAUUAAGAAUCCAGCUGUUUCUACAUUCCAGAUUGUCCAUUUCAUUAUUUUGUAUGUUUCUGGUCACAGCAGUAAACUCUGACACCAGCAAUUAAAUAUCUUUGAUAAGUAACACUGCAGGAGAUUGUUCAAUGAAAUUAGCCAGUAUGAGAUUUUAGAUUUCAGUUAUGUUAACUUACAUUUUAUAUAGUAACUUUCAUCCCAAAGUUCUCUACAGAUUUUUUUACCUGUAGGCGGUACAAAGAAAUCACUUCGCCCACUGCUGAAAUGCAGCCACCUUUGGGGUGGAAGAUGGCAGUUGUUUAGUAGCAGUACUACACAAAAGUUCAGGACAGGAAUAAAGGGAUUUGAAAUAUCAUAAUCACAAAUGCACCACAAAGAGGUAAACUGUAUUAAACUCAAAUGUCCUCUUCAAUCUGUGUAUAAAAAUGGUCUCUGAUGUAUUUGGGUGUUGUUACACCAUGGUUACCCAUUCACUGCAGGCUGUAAUAUUUAUCACACUCUGAAGUUAUUCUUCACUUAUUAAAGUGCAAAGGGACCAUGUAAGGGAAUUAGAAUUUCCCAGGAUGAGAAAUGUAACAGAGAUCCUCUGUAAACUAUAAUCACACAAUGAUACACGUGCCUCUUUUGAGAACAAGAAUACAGAGUCUUGGCAAGCCCACAGAGGUCCAGCCAGAGUUGUGUGUGCACAGCAGCAGAUCCUACAGACCUUUGUGAAUACAUGUUUUACAGCUGGGUUUCAUUGCUCAGAUCAGUAGCUGACUGUGGGCGUGAAGGCUUAAUUGUAACAAAAAUGGUUCUAUUUUUUAAAAGAUCUUUUUCGUGUGCCUUUCAUCUCCUGAGUUCAGCCUCCUGGAUUAGCCCCUGAACUGAUUUUCCUGCAUACAAUUCAAGUGCACAUGGGGCAGCAUUUGCUGCCAGAACUGGGGAGAUAUCCCAAACACCUAAAGUCAAGCUGUCCACUUUGAGGCCUUGAUCUUGCCCCAAUGGGUGUUAUGUCAUGUCAUUGGCUUCUGUGGGAGCAGGACUUGGCCCCAAGCCGGGGAAAUGGAGGAUCCUGAACUCAGCUCUUGGCAGGAACUUGAGGGAGGAAAAGAUUUUCCAAGGUCUUGUUCUGUAAAGUUGUUUGUUUCUCAUUCUGGGUUUAUACAUUUCUUGUUCUCCUUGGUGUGUGUUUGAAUGCUUUUCCAUUCACCUUCCAGGAUGAUUUAAUUCAGACGCAUUAGGAUGGGGAUUCAUUGCAGGGGAAAUUCACCCAGCAGUGCAGGGAUGGAGAAGACCUACCAAUGCAGCAAAGCAGCCAUGGCUCCACUGUACUGGGGGGUUGGGGAGAGGGACUCUACACUCACCCCGUGGUAGAGCUGGCUCCACAUCAGCCGCCAUAGAGUAAGGGGUUGGGGGCAGGAUCAUGGCACGGCCAGCGGGUCCAAAAUCACACAGGGCACUGGUCCCAAAUCCCAGGCUCAGGAUAUGUGUGGGAAUCAUGGCUCCUAUUUCAACCCAGGAGUGGAGUCAUGACCCCAGUGGGGCUGCAGGGAUUCCCUGUGCCCCACCUGUAGACUGGAAGGUGGAUUCCUUUUUCCCUUCACCCCCGUGUAACUUGUAGCAGAAAGGCUGCUUCUCUGGCCUUGUGCUGCGGUUCUGGGUGUGUGAAUUUCACCCACGGUGUAAAGCACUUCCUGUAGCUAGUGUCUGCACCGAUGCUUUAUCUGUUCCCUGUAUGACUCCAUGCAAUCGUCUCUUGUAUGUGCCUUUGCUGAACAUGUAAUCAUGUAUGUGACACUUAUGAUAAACAUCUCUCAAAGAUGAUCGUGUCUUAGGCUAUGGCGGAUCAAACCUAUCGUGCAUCCCCUGAACUCCGGUGUCCUUCCUAGCACCUAUUUGUGUUUGAUGUGUAGACUGUAUCUGCUGACCAGCUGAGAAAUAACAUAAAUUAAUUGCACUGAAUGGCAGAAUCAUUCCUGCUGUAUUUUCAAAUGUGGUAUUUUUGGCCUUCUGUCAUAGCAGGAGGUGACGACACUGCCAGUGUGACAGGGCCAGCAUGGACUGGAGGGUUUUCCUGCACAGGCUGUGCGUGGCCUUAUAUCUGAGAAUGUACAGAGCUGGCUUCCUGGCUGCAGCACGUGGUUUGUGUCCCUAACUGUUAAGGAGAUGGCCAUGCAUCAAGCCUGUGAAAAUCACCAGUUAGGUGGUUCAAAGAAGGGUUUAAAUAAAGGCUGCUCUGAUGAGA